UUAGCAUGUGUAUGUCCUACGUCACGUCCGGUCGCCUCGCGCAUCUUGAAGUGGGUGAAAGGUGAAGCAGUCGGACCCGGACCCACGGACCUGGACCUGCGGACUCUGAUUGGAUCCUUCGUCGGUUCGUUUCGUCACAGAAAACACGAUGCUGCAGAACACCGGGAAGUUAGCCGGAUGUACACUCUUCAUCACCGGAGCCAGUCGAGGCAUCGGAAAAGCCAUCGCCCUGAAAGCCGCUAAAGAUGGCGCUAACAUCGUCAUCGCUGCUAAGACUGCAGAACCACACCCCAAACUCCCAGGAACCAUCUAUACGGCUGCACAGGAGGUGGAGGCUGCUGGUGGGAAGGCGUUGGCCUGUGUCGUAGACAUUCGUGAUGAGCAGCAGAUCGGAGAUGCAGUUCAGAAAGCAGUCGAUAAGUUUGGAGGUAUUGAUAUCCUGGUAAACAACGCCAGUGCCAUCAGCCUGACGGGAACUCUGGCCACACCCAUGAAGAGGGUGGACCUGAUGUUGGGGAUCAACCUGAGAGGAACCUACCUGACGUCGAAGCUCGUCAUCCCUCACCUCCUGAAGAGUCGCAGUCCUCACAUCCUCAACCUGUCGCCUCCGCUCAACCUCAACCCCAUCUGGUUCAAGAACCACACUGCGUACACGAUGGCGAAGUACGGCAUGUCCAUGUGCGUCCUGGGGAUGGCCGAGGAGUUCAGAGGUCAAAUCGCCGUCAACGCCCUCUGGCCCAAAACAGCGAUCCAGACGGCAGCGAUGGACAUGCUGGGUGGGGAGGGCGUGGCCAAACAGUGUCGUACGGCCGACAUCAUGGCGGACGCUGCCUACGCCGUCCUGACACAACCGACCGACUACACUGGACACUUCCUGGUGGACGAGGACGUUUUGAAAGGGCAGGGAGUCCAGGACUUUGAGCUGUACGCCGUCCAGCCAGGUCACCCUCUGCUGCCAGACUUCUUCCUGGAUGAAGCACCAGAAACACUCGUCCAGAAAAUGGAGGAACACGGGGCAACCCCAGCUUUCAAACCCGCCUCCUCCUCGGCCACACCCCCCUCUGCUGGACCAAUAGAGAGCACAUUUGACGUCAUCAGAGGAGUCAUCAACGAAGACGUCGUCAAGUCGACACAGGGUGUUUAUAAGUUUGACCUGUCAGGCGAACAUGCCGGCGUCUGGUUCCUGGAUCUGAGGAGUGGGUCGGGCAGCGCCGGGCAGGGAGAACCGGCCCUCAAAGCUGACGUCAUCAUGACGAUGGACUCUGGAGAUUUCAGCAAGAUGUUUGCAGGGAAGCUGAAGCCCACCAUGGCCUUCAUGUCGGGGAAGCUGCGCAUCAAAGGAGACAUGACACUGGCCAUCAAACUGGAGAAACUGAUGAACCGCAUGGCCAAGGCCAAGCUGUGAAGGCCACGCCCACUGGGUCUGGCCCCCCUGCCUUCUGGGCCUGGCCCCGCCCUCUCAGCAUGGCCCCGCCUUCUGGGUCUGGCCCCGCCCUCUGCCUUAACAGUGGAAACACACUGAAACUUGUACUAAUAAUAAAGUCCAUAAUGAAGACAGCUGGUUUAUUAACCAUGAGUGACAUCACACACUGACACCUGUAGAAGUGGGAGGAGCCUCACACCUCCCACCUGAUUUUGUCAAAAUGUGAAGUAGGAAUAAAAAGGAUGGGUCCAAAUUCAAGUGUG